GAGGAAACGGAAUCCGCCGGUGGGCGCUCCGAUGCUAAAAUUGUCCGGGUGCAAACUUGCGCUCGCUGUGGAGUUCUGCGAGGUCGCCCCAUGAGGGUUGGCGCUCGCCUUGUAAAAAAAUAUAAAAAAUAAAAUCAGCGCUAAACCGCGAAGAUGACUUUCGUUGCGUUGGUUUCCUCUCUCUUCGGGGGACGGCAGUUGACCCUGACCGCCUCGACUUUACGCUCUGGGCUGCGGUUCUCGGUGCGGCGCCUGAAGGGUCAGAAUGUAAGACUCGGACUCCACAACCUGAAAAAACCCUCUUUUCUGAAAGCUGAAAUCGCCCAAAUGGUCGCAGACGCAGAGCAGGAUUCGACCUCAGACCGAAGGUUUCUCGUCUGCCCCCUUUCAGCGCACAAAGUGGCCUCCCAGCUGACGAGGGGGCGAAAUUUUGAGAAGUCCAAAACCUUUCUUCUGGAAUUCGAGGCAGGUCCUGGAGUAUUGACUCGAAAAUUGCUUAAUACUGGAGCCCAUGUCAUAGCUCUGGAGAGUAAUAAAUCCUUUCUUCCUAAUUUAGAGUCUCUAAAGAAAGAAUUUGAAAGCCGAUUGGAAGUGGUGCAUUCCAACUUCGUAAAGUUGGAUAGUAAUCCAUAUGCAUUGUUGAAGGGUGAAUUAUGUUCUGAAACACUUUUUAACAACCUGAAAAUCUUGGAAGUUCCUUGGACAUCAGAUGUUCCUCUAAAAGUUGUUGGAAUUGUCCCCCCCAAAAAUGAGCGGACCUUUAUUUGGAAAUUUACCUAUUUUUUAUAUGAAUGCAGCUCUAUAUACAAUUAUGGAAGAAUAGAAUUGAACUUGUUUGUCAGUGAAAGAAUGUACAAGGUUUUUGUUGCAAAACCUCCAGAUAAAAAAUCUUACCAGACACUAAGUGUACUUUGGCAAACAGCUUGUGAUAUUCAUCUUCUACACAAGGUGCCUUGCUCUUCAUUUUUAACUACUUCAAGAAAAAAGUUAUUGGGAUCAAAUAGUGUGAAUGAACUCUUAUAUUUAGUACAACUAACACCACGCAAAGAUUUAUUUACAGACUUCUUGACAACUGCUAAUUCAAAAACGUUUAUUAUGAUGGUAAAGCAGUGUUUUGGUAAAGCCUCAACUAAACUACAUAACAAAUUGAAUUUAUGGACUUACGAAAAUGCAAAAAAUUUGCUGAGAGAACUGGAGAUUCCAGAAGAUGUUACAGCUGGUGGUUUACACCCGGAGGCAUACAAAUCUCUCUUUGAACUUAUGGAACAGUCUAAUCGAAUUGAUCGGAGUUUGUUCUGUGACAUUGAUUUAUUGGCAGAUGACAGUGUAAUUCUUUAAAAUGAAGACUAUUUAAUUUAUAAUGUUUUUUUUCUAAACUGAAAUACAAUACAGAGGACCACAUACCUUGGAAUCUUACAAAGAAGAUAAUCCCUAUGUGUAUGAGGAGGGCAGUUCUAGAAAAUUUAAAUUAUGUAAAUAAGAAAAAUAUAAUGGAUCUUAAACGAUCAAUUCUAAAGUUGCUGUGUCUUGGAAACUGCAAAGAUUUGAAAACAAUUAAUAUGUACACUAUUAGUCCAGUACAAAACAUGUAUCUUCUAAAUCAGUAUUUUACCAGAGUAACAGUGAAUGAAAAAUAUGGAAGGGGGGCCAAUUUUAGUUUAAUCUUAAAUACUUAUUUAAUCUGUAUCCUGCCUUUGCUAUAUCCCACUUUGUAAAAUGACUAUAUAAGUCAGGGGUGUCCAAACUUGGUCCCU